AUGUAUAAUUUUGGCAGAAAGCAUACUUACACCACAGUGAACGUCGUUCUUCUGGGAUUGGCCGGGACUGGAAAGAGUGCAAGUGGAAACACCAUCCUUCGAAAGAAGCACUUUGUUUCUAAACCCAGUUCAAAUCCAGUCACCACAGAGUGUCAGGCGGAAGAAACUGAGAUAAAUGAUUUACAUGUGCGUGUGAUUGAUACUCCAGACAUGUUUGAUGAUGAAACUGAACCAUCAGUUCGGAACAAACAUGUAAAAAGGUGCAAAGAGCUCUGUGAGUCAGAACUCUGUGUGUUUGUGCUUGUGAUGCAUGUGAGCAGAUUUACAGAUGGUGAGAGAGACAUACUGAAAAAGUUAGAAAAGACUUUUGGGACCAAAGUGAAAGAACAAACUGUCAUCCUGUUCACCCGAGGAGACAACCUGGAGGAGGCAGAAUUGAGCCUGGAGGGUUUUCUUCAUUCCUGUCAUCCUGGUCUGAAGAAAAUCAUUGAAAAGUGUGGCAACAGGUGUGUUGUUUUUGAGAACCGCAGCUCAAGUUCAGACCAGGUGGAAAAGCUAAUGAAUACAGUGAGCGUGGUGUUAAAGAAAACAGCAAAGAUACAAUAAAAAGGUCUUAGUUGUGAUUUUUAAGUGAAUAAAUAUAUAUUAAACCUUUUUGGGUCGGGAUGGCAAUAAUCAAAAGUUACAAAAGUAACAAAUUUCCCACCUGUGUGACUAAUAAAGGUCAUUUUAUCUUAUCUUAUCAUAUCUUAUCUUAUAUUUCUAAGAAUCUCCCAAACAGUUCUUCAGCUGAGACAACUGAGUUAGAAAACACAAACACUGCAGUUGAUUUACUUGCAAGGGCAGCCACAGAGCGCUCGUACUCGCAGAGAGACACUCACGGACUCGCGCUCUGUCACUGUCUGCGUUCUUUAUUUAUACAAGCUGGUUACACGUGUGUACAAAGAUAACAAACUUAUUCCAAGAACUCAGAGCUGAGGUUCCCCUUUUCUGCACCUGUAUGUUCUCAGAACAGAGGAAGCUGUUAGUUGCUAAAAUAAGUUUAUCACACAAAAGUUGUUAUAUGAAAAGUCACGUAGACAUGUGGUUUUGCUUAGUGAUCCUAAAAAGGGCACAUUUCAUGUAGCUGAUCACACUAUGUACAAUUUUCUUUUAACAAUGUGUAAUGUGGUUUAUUGCAUGUGAUUUCCAAAUGCUCUGAGUCUGUAAAUGCAGGCUCAGAUGAAGUUAUGCUGUGCUGUAACUAGUCAUGUACCACCAUCUACUGAACACUUGAUGUUCAAGUACCUUCAAGUACUUUCCUACUUAAUUCCUACAUUCCGACUUAAAGUUGGUGGUUAUUAUAACUGAAUUCAUUUUUAACACAUUAUUUAAUACUUCAAACCUUUUUAGGGGUCCUUGACGAUCAGUUAUAAUUGUUCGGAGACCUGGGUUGUCGACCCAGAGUUUUGGGUUUACUUUAUUAUUGAACUCUGAUUUUGAUAUUAUCAUUUCUAGUCUUUUGGUUUCUUUGUUGAUGUUCUGGUUUCUGUCUGUGUUUCUUAGUUGCUCUGCCUCCUCUGUCUGCUGAGUCCCCUUGUCAAGUCUAGGUCUCUGUUUUAUGUGUCCUCUUUUACUUUGAAAGUCCGUGUCUUGUGUUUAUGUAUCAGGUUUUGCUCCCCUUGUUUCGUUAGCCCUGAUUUGCACCAGCUGUGUUUCCCUCCUGUCUCUGAUUCCCUGAUUGCUCCCUGUGUGUAUUUAAGCCCUGUGUUUCUCUGUGUCCGUGUCGUGAUCUGCCCUCAUUCAUGAUGUCUUUUGUCUGCCUGCCUUCCUGAAUUUAUUCUUUAUAUUUUGAAGUUUUUUACUUUUAUUUCAGCAAUAAAGCUGUUUUUUGGAGUUCA